AUGGUGAAGCUGAAGUGGGGUAUGGAAUACAAAGGAUACCUGGUGUCUGUGGACAGCUACAUGAACAUGCAGGUAGGUGUGUGUGGACCAGACAGAUACAUACAGUAAAAUAUGUGAAAACAUCAAUGAUAUGCAUAAUUCACUACAGCAUGCUCUGGAGUCCCUCGUGUGUACACAGUUGCAUCUAGAGAGCGCUUGCCCAUCCGAAACUCUAGCUAGGCUGUAUGGCUCUGGUUGCAUCACUGUGGGCUAUUCAUUUAGUGUGAUUUAAAACCGAUGUACAGCAUUCAUAUCAAUCUAUAACAUCUAACAAUCUAUUGUCUCUGAUUUUAUAGUUGGCCAACACUGAAGAGUAUGUGGAUGGAGCAUUGGCUGGCCACCUAGGAGAAGUGCUCGUCAGGUAAGUUCAGUGGAAUACUAUUUUGUUUACUUGCACUUUGCAGAACUCAUGAUUACACACAUUAGCCUGGUCUCCGAUCUGUUUGUGCUAUCUUGCCAACUCCUAUGGUCAUGGAUUGGAGUGGUGAAGACAGCACAAACAGAUAUGGGAAUAGGCUACACGCAUUCAGGGCUUUCAGAAAGUAUUCACACCCCUUGACUUUUUCCACAUUUUGUUGUGUUACAGCCUGAAUUAAACAUUUAUUAAAUUGAGAUUGUGUCAUUGGCUUACACACAAUACCCCAUAAUGUCAAAUUGGAAUUAUGUUUGUAGACAUUUUUACAAAUUAAUUAAAAAUUAAAAGCUGAAAUGUCUUGAGUCAAUAAGUAUUCAACUUAUUUGUUAUGGCAAGCCUAAAUGAGUUCAGGAGUAAACAUUUGCUUAACAAGUCACAUAAUAAUAGUGUUUAACAUGGUUUUUGGAUGAGUACCUCAUCUCUGUACCCCACACAUACAAUUAUCUGUAAGGUCCCUCAGUCGAUUAGUGAAUUUCAACCACAGAGGUUUUCCAAUGCCUUGCAAAAAAGGGCACCUAUUGGUAGAUGGGUAAAAAUCAAAUAAAAAGCAGACAUUGAAUGUAUUUUUGAGCAUAGUGAAGUUAUUAAUUACACUUUGGGUGGUGUAUCCAUACACCCAGUCGCUACAAAGAUAAAGGUGUCCUUCCUUACUCAGUUGCCGGAGAGGAAGGAAACCGCUCAGGGAUUUCACCAUGAGGCCAAUGGUGACUAAAACUGUUACAGAGUUUAAAGGCUGUGAUGGGAGAAAACUGAGGAUGGAUCAACAACAUUGAAGUUACUCCACAAUACUAACCAAAAUGACAGAGUGAAAAGAAGGAAGCCUGUACAUAAUAAAACUAUUCCAAAACAUGUGUCCUGUUUGCAAUAAGGAACUGAAGUAAAAAUGUGACAAAUAAAUGUACUUAAUGUCCUGAAUACAAAGCCUUAUGUUUGGGGCAAAUCCAACACAACACAUUACUGAGUACCACUCUUCAUAUUUUUAAGCAUGGUGUUGGCUGCGUCAUGUUAUGGGUAUGCUUGUCAUUGACAAGGACUAGGGAGUUUUUUAGGCUAAAAUAUACGGAAUAGAGCCUAGCACAGGAAGAAUCCUAGAGGAAAACCUGGUUCAGUCUGCUUUCCAACAGAAACUGGGAGACCAAUUCACCUUUCAGCAGGACAAUAACCUAAAACACAAGGCCAAAUAUACACUGGAGUUGCUUACCAAGACGACAUUGAAUGUUCCUGGGUGGCCUAGUUACAGUUUUGACGUAAAUCGUCUUGAAAAUCUAUGGCAGGGUUCUUCAAUUCCGGUCCUGGAGGGCCGAAACACCUCUGUUUUUCAUCCUCUCCUUCUAACCAGGGGCUAAUUCAGACCUGGGACACCAGGUGAGUGCAAUUAACUAUCAGGUAGAAAUAAAAAACAGAAGUGUUUCGGCCCUCCAGGACCGGAAUUGAAGAACCCUGAUCUAUGGCAAGGCUUAAAAUGGCUGUCUAGCAAUGAUCAACAACCAACUUGACUGAGCUUGAAGAAUUUUAAAAAAUAUCCUGGUGGUGUGCGAAGCUCUUAGAGACUUACCCAGAAAGACUCACAGCUGUAAUCGCUGCCAAAGGUGAUUCUAACAUGCAUUGACUCCGGGGUGUGAAUACUUAUGUAAACGAGAUAUUUAAUUUAAAAUAAAUUAGCAAGAAAUUCUCAAAACAUGUUUUCACUUCGUCAUUAUGGUGUAUUAUGUGUAGAAUUCAGGCAGUAACACAACAUGUGGAAUAAGUCAAGGGGUAUGAAUACUUUCUGAUAGCACUGUAUCUCCCUUUAAUUGCAGAAUUAGCACAAUGUUUAAUCAUUUCCUUUCUGACAUACCAGUCCACACCGAGGUAACCGUACACUAUCUUUCGCUCCACACAGAUGCAACAAUGUCUUGUUCAUUAGAGGGGUAGAAGAAGAGGAAGAGGAUGGUGAAAUGAAAGAGGCUUGA